UCGGCGUUACACAACUUCCUUUCUAGGCAAAGGACCUUGAUACCCUGAACCGCUUCUCCACAGUCUGGGGUUCGACCGCCUACCAUGUCCGACCUUCCUCCGUCCGUCUGUGUUGCGCAAUCUGGCUGUUGCUGAUUUUCAUGUUUCUCGUUUGGAGCGUCUGGCUAACCUUGGUCCGAAAAAAUUUUCAUGGUUGACUCCACUAGGUUCCUCCACGAGACCAUUCAGAAUCAUGUCUUGUCCCCCACCUUAUUGCCCAAUCUCCUCCGCGCGUCCAGGGCGGCACUUUUCCCUUCGAAUGCUCGCUCAACUCAGGCGGCCGGCGCGAAUCAAGAGGGCGCUCCGGUUCCGUAUUCGCCCGUACAACCGCCAGCGUCCCCUCCGGGAACGAGCCCGCCUAGCGAUGCCGCUGGCGCAAGUAACGCCAACAGUAGCGUCUUAACGACUAGUAUUUCCGCAACUGCGCCUUCCUUAUCGCCGGAACAGCGUCCUACCGCAGCCGAAAUCGCUUCCAUCAAGCGAAGGUGCGCGGUAAGCAUCCUGUCAUUGGUCCCUCGUCCCAUCGCGCGGCGCUUCUUGGGUGUUCCAGCGAAAAUUAUCAUUGGACAAAUGCCCCCUGAGCGCCAAGAGCAUUUUAAGGCUCCCAAUGAACAGAACCACCAGCAUUCGGAACCAGUUUAUGCCUUAUCACCUGACCCAUUAUCAGACGAUGAUCUGGAAGAGUCGCUCCUCCUCGCGGCAAUUGAGAACGACAUUCUGGAUCUAUUCGCUGAUGAGUAUUGCAAUAAACAUCUAAUCUACUCGAUCAUUGAAACCGUCCUAGCAAGGCUUCUCCCCGAGCUAUCGGAACGCAGCUUAACGGAAUUGAUGGAAGACCGGGGCGUGUCUUUAGACAGCGACUGAAACCCACUUAUACCGACAGAUAUAAUAACAACAGAGAGCUAUAAUGUAGGGCCAUCUCACCGAGAGUGAACAAUAGCUUAGGGAUACCCUGCCCCAUUGGGCAGAAGUUUUAGAACAAUAGAUCAAUCGCAUUAGAGACAGGCACUGGCUCGGCUAAAAUGAGAGUCGUGUUGCGCAACAGAGUACGAUAAUUUUGGUAGGCCGAUAACCUUAUCAAACCUGGUUAGGUCUCAGGCCUCCAGUCGGUAUUCAUGGAUCUCGUUCGGUUUAUGCAUUUCUGUUCCCUUCUUCGGGACCACAAAAUGUGACCUGCAACGAAAGCCCUGUCCCUGUCCGUUGCAUUGAGGGCUCAGGGGUUAACGGGCGAAAAUUAACACAACAUUAUACGUUAGAAAUUAUUACAAU